GGCGCGGCUACUGAGAGCCCCGAAAUCAAAACCCUAACCGACGCCUGAGCCUCCUGCACCGGGCUCUAACCAACCAAUCCAACACUCAAACUCCACUGAUUCUCAUCCAUGGCGACCUCAAUUGCUUCCCAGUUGAAAGUCCUGAAAUCGCUGAUACAAGUCGACCAAGACCCGUCGCAGAAGAGGCCCUUCACUCGCCCUUCCAUCCUCUUCGACCCCAAACAGGCCGCCGAUAUCGACGUCGACACCAUCUUCGCCGUCGGACUCCAAGGCCUGGAGCUUCUCGUUAGCGCCGACGAGCGGUUCCGGAACUUUAAGAAUGACCUGUUCAGCUACCAGAGCAAGGAAUUGGAUAGGGAGUUGAUGGUGAAAGAGGAGAACAAACGCAUCGACGCUUCGAUUAGUAAGUUCUUGAGAUUGCUUUCGGGGCAUUUCGAGCUCCCAUCGUCGCUCAAGACUCUCGAGUACUUGAUUAGGAGAUACAAGAUUUAUGUGUACAACAUUGACGAACUGGUUCUGUGUGCCCUGCCGUACCAUGAGACCCACGCGUUUGUUAAAAUCGUUCAGUUAAUCAACUUCGGAAAUAGUAAGUGGAAAUUUCUUGAGGGUGUGAAAGCUUCUGGUGCAGCUCCGCCCAGAAAUGUUAUAGUGCAGCAAUGCAUACGUGACAUGGGGGUGUUGGAGGCUAUAUUUGACUAUGCAUCCCCGUCAAAGAAGUAUCGCCCUUCAAAGCCCGUGAUCAGAUUUUGCACGGCAGUUGUCGUUGAGGUUUUGGGUUCCGUUGCUUCUGUUGAAAGUCAUGUUGUGAAAAGAAUCUAUUCACUUGUUCAUUCUGUACUUGAGGUUGGCACGGAUGGACAUUCAGAAAACAAGGCUGGUGCUAUGAUGAUUGUUGGUAUGCUUGCAAGUAAAGUUACAAUAUCUCCCGCACUUGUCAAGGGAUUGAUUUUAUUGAUUGCCAAAGUUGCGGAGGAGGAUGCAAAAGAGUCGGCUGAUCUUCAGCUUUUUCGCUUAUCACUUAUGACUUUGAUCAACCUUGUUCAGUUGCAAGUUGUGGAGAAUUUUCCCAUGAAGGCUCUGGAGAGUUUGAUUGGCAUUAGGGACUUUGCCGGCAUACUUUCGGGACUCUUCAACAAGUUCAAAAUUGAUAGAUUUCUUUCUGUGAUUUUGGAUUCUCUUGUUGAAUAUAGUUCGUCUAAUGAAUCCUGCCAGCUUGCGUUGAUCUCCAUAUUAGAUACAGUUCCUUCCAAGAGUUUCGUUCAUCUUAUAGUUCCAAAGGUCAUAUCUUCCUGCUUGCAAAGGUCAAAGGACAUUGAAAAUUCAGCACUAUUUUCAUCAGGAAGCUGGGAAGAGAAAGUUCUACUCGUUUUUAGAAGAUAUCCAUCUGAACUGCAUGGAGCGGCUCACAACUUUUUGGAAAAGAAUGUGCAAUCUAAGAAACGGGGUUCUGUACAUGAAGCCCUACGUAAGAUGUUGGAUGGGAAUUUUGAUAGGUCAUUAGCUUGCUCGGAAUCAAACUUUUGGUUUAGGUUGCAUCAUCCAGAGGCUGAUGUUCGUCGACGUACACUUUCUGAAAUGAAGACAUCAGGUCUUCUGGAAGCCAAGGGUACAAAUUCGCAGAGUCUUGUAAUCAUCCAAGAUGGCAUAUUGCGACAGCUUCAGGAUAAUGAUCUUACGGUUGUCAGAGCAGCUUUGUCGUUAGACAGAUUGUCCACUUUAUUGAACCCAUCUGAUCUUACUCAAGUAUUGGAUAAUCUGCUUAGAAGAUGCAUUGGUCUUUUGACAACAGGUUCGUUCGAGAAUAACAGCCUAGCAUGUGAUGUUGCUAUUUUGUGCCUGAAUAAUGUUGUUGCUGUCGUCCAUGAGAACGUUGAUUGUUGCAAUAAACUAGCUGCUAUAAUAUUUCCUUUGCUCCUCGUUUUACCUAAGACACAGAGGUUAAAUUUGAAAGCAUUGGAAUUAGCUAAGGCAGUAAAAUGGCCACUAUUUGAGAAUCUUGCUGCUGCAGGCAAUACGGAACAAACAUUGCAAACAGGAAGCUUGUCCUCCAUUAACAUGGCCACCAUUACUAGUUUGGCGAGCAGAUUCUUGUUGCAACCUGGAAACAUUAUGCCUUGGCUUGUUCAGAGUUCUAAUGACUUUGAGCUUUCAAAGACACACUUCUUUCUGGUGAUGAUGCAGACAAUUUUGAUUGAAAAGGAAUCUGCUGAAUCUUUGGAACUUUUUGAAGUGUUAUUUCCUGCGUUGAAGUCAGAAUGGGAAUCAUUUGAGUCUACGGGUGAUUUCUCUAUAGCAGAGUUCAAAACAGAUAUGCUGAAUUGGGAUUGCAGCAGAUAUCUCAAUAACCUAGAUUCCAAUUUGAAAGCAUUAAAUGCACAUAUUUUAGUCUCUAUCUUUUGGAGGUUGACGGAGGCAUAUCUAUCUGCGAUGCCUGCAGAUGUCCCAUUGGAUGGUGAUGAGAAGUGGGUUAGCUGGCUGAGGGAAUUGUUUGCCUUUUUCUCAUGCUGUCAGUUUAAGAACAUUUUCAAGGAACACCGUCAUUACCUUGUCACAAAGACCAAGAUUUCUGCUAUUUCUUUCCUUGCCAAGUUUUUCACAGAAGAAGAUAUUCCUCUUGCAGUCCAGGUUGAGAGUCUCCAAUGUUUUUCCUAUCUCUGCCUUCAAUCUGAAGUUAGAAUGGCAAUUCAAUUUCUUGCAGAGUUUCCAUCUCUUCUUGUUCCACUGGCUAAUAGUAACCAGGAAAUAAGAAAUGUUGCCAUGAAUUGUAUCGAGGCUUUACACACCUUUUCAUUUCAUGUUGACUCGUUGAGCAAGAAAAAUGGAAACCGUGCAUUUCGGAUUAAUCAUCUUGAUAAGCUGCUGGACUUGGUUGUCCAGCAGAAAAGGCUAAUCCUAUCAGACAGGAACUUGCUUCCUUCUCUCUUGGCCUCUUUGCUUAGCCCGUCCUUCCAGAGCUUCUUAGGACCAAAGAAUAUGGAAAUAAGGUUUGAUCAAUCCACAAGAGAAGAGAUUCUUACUUUCAUGUUGAAUUCUGCCAUGAAACUGCCUGAUUAUGCGAAGCUUGCUAUUCUUUCUUUGCUUAGAGGAAUUGGCAAUGCCAUUACACAUCAUAAAGAAGUGAAGUCAUAUUUGUCUCAUCUCUUGGGAAGACGCAGCCGUAACAUGGUUAUAUCAAGUCAAUGUUUGUCAAAAGUGGAAGUUCAGAUAUUAUGCCUUCUACUGGAAUGCUGUGCAGUGCCUUCUUCAUCAGACGGACAUGUGUCUGAUGACCAUUUAUUGGAGGCUUUGCAAUUGGAUGGUUUGGCUCCAGAAAACGCUUCCACUGUACAGCCUUGUAUUUCUGUCCUGCAAAACCUUAACAGCCAAAUUUACAGUGGACUGAAGCCAGAACUUCAGGAGCUUCUGUUCCGUAAACUGGUAACUGCAUUUCACAACUCAAAUGGGGACAUACAAAAUGCAAGUAGAGCAGCCUUGCAGCAUUUACAGAUUACUUGCUCCACUAUCAUCCACACUCUUGAUCACAUAGUCAAAGAUGGGGCUUGUGCAAGUCGUUCAGUGCAGAGAACAAAGAAAAUGAAAAGUCAGAAGUCCACUCCGUCUAAUGAUGUGAUAUGUGACAGAGAAAAUGCAUUCUUUUUACUUGGUUCCCUGCUUGAUAUUAUAUUAUUCAAGAAAGACAUAGAGAAGAGGAACUCUCUAUUGGGCCCAUUGUUUAAGCUUCUUUACAAAACAUUUUCUGAUGAGUGGGUACAGGACCAGUUUAACACAUCUGAAACAGUAACUUACAUACAGCAGACACUGCUGAUAAUCUUAGAAGAUAUCAGUUCUUCACUCAUAAGUUCUAUUCCAGUGGAGGACAACAUGGUAAAUGAGAUUAAUGUCAAACUUUUGGUUGAGUGUGCCCAUUCUGCAAAGGAUGGAGUUACUCGCAACCAUGUUUUUUCACUGAUUUCCUCUAUCACAAAGAUCGUUCCUGAAAAAGUUUUGGAGCAUAUGCUGGACAUUUUUGCUGUUAUUGGAGAGUCAGCAGUCACACAGAUUGACAGCCAUUCACAGCGUGUGUUUGAAGAUCUUUUAUCUACAGUAAUUCCUUGUUGGCUCUCUGGGACAGGCAGCAAUGACAGACUGCUCCAGAUUUUUGUCAAUGUACUGCCUGAAGUUGCGGAGUUUAGAAGGCUAUCAAUUGCUGUGUACCUACUGAGAACUAUGGGAGAGUCAAAUAGCUUGGCGUCAUUACUUGUUCUUCUUUUCCGCUCACUAAUUUCAAGGAAAGGGUUAUCUUGCUUUGAUAAUGUGCAUGCUUCAGAUAGCUUGACAACCUCUUUACAGAGAGAAUGGGAGUAUUCCCUGGGGCUUCAAAUAUGUGAGCAGUAUUCAUGUAUUAUAUGGCUUCCCCCUCUUGUUGUGCUGCUCAAACAAAUAGGAAGCGGUCAAGAUGUGUUUAGAGAAUUGCUAAUUGCAAUGCGGUUCAUCUUGCAUAAGCUGCAAGAUCCAGAGUUUGCACUCAAGAUGGCAUCCGGGGAAGAGUCAGACAAAAUUCAGGCCACGUUGGGAGAACUUAUGGAGCAGGUUGUCUCUCUCCAGGAACUUGUAGAUGCGAGAAAGAAGGAAAAAAAUAUCCAUGUCAUUAGGAAAGAUUUGAAGGAGUGUAUGCAUGCUGUAUUGAGGACUAUUACCGGGUUCAUGAACCCUUCAACACUCUUUGAUGGCAUAACUAAGUUGCUUAGCGUCAGUGAUGGAAAUGUGGAAAAGAAGGCACUUGGACUCUUGUGUGAAACCAUUAGGAAUAUUGACACAGCCAAAGCAAAGCUUAAGUUUAAUAAAAUCUCUAGUCUUCGUUGGAAUCAUCUUGAUGAGAUUUCUCUUGGAUCGUUACGAGUUAUGUGCCUUAAAAUUGUUCACUUAAUUGAUGAUUCUUCUGAGGAUAUGGAAGUCUCCUUGAAAGUGGCAGCAGCUUUGGCCCUAGAGGUUCUAGCCCAGAGGUUCCCUUCUAAUUCUUCCAUCUUCAGCGAGUGUCUACCAUCUGUUACAAAAGGUAUCAGUAUGCAUGAUUCAGCAGUGUCAUCUAGCUGCCUUAAAGCAACUGGUGCUUUGAUCAAUGUGCUUGGACCGAAGGCACUCUCUGAACUUCCUCACAUAAUGGAUAGUUUGAUUAAGAUUUCUCGUGAAGUCCUUGUGUCCUCACAUGCUAAAGCCAUAUCCACUGGUGGUAGCAGGCCCAUUGUGUUGCAAAAACCACAGGAAUCUCUUAUUUUGUCUAUUCUUAUUACUUUGGAGGCUAUUGUGGUUAAGCUAGGGCAGUUCUUGAGCCCGUAUCUUGAAGAUAUUACAAGAGUUAUGGUGCUUGAUCUUGAUUAUGCAUUAGGGUCUGAUCAGAAGCUGAAAAUGCGAGCUGAUUCAGUACGGAAACUCAUAACUGAGAACAUCACGGUUCGACUUGCUCUACCACCCUUGUUGAACAUAUACUCUAGCACAGUGGAGUCUGGGGAUUCCAGCAUAAUCAUUUAUUUUGAAAUGCUGGCCAAUAUGAUUGAAAGAAUGGAUAGGUCAUCUGUUGGUGGUUAUCAUGCUAAGAUUUUUGAACGGUGCUUAAUUGCUCUUGAUCUACGCCGUCAACAUCCAGCUUCCGUUCGAAGAAUUGCUGAUGUGGAGAAAAUGGUAUUCACUGCAAUGAUGUCUCUCACUAUGAAGCUCACUGAGACAAUGUUUAGACCUCUUUUCAUUAGGAGUAUUGAUUGGGCAAACUCAGACGUGGAAGAUAAUUCAUCUUCUGGAUGUAUACCCAGGGCUAUAUCUUUCUAUGGCCUAGUAAAUACACUUGCGGAAAACCAUAGGUCUCUUUUUGUUCCUUAUUUCAAAUACUUGCUGGAGAAUUGUGUACAUUAUCUUACUGUUGCUGGGGAUGCAAAGCCUUCUGGUUCUACACAAAAGAAGAAGGCCAAGAUUCAGGAAUCUUAUAACAGCAUGUUUCUUGGGAACUGGCAUCUAAGAGCGUUGGUCCUAUCAUCGUUACAUAAAUGUUUUCUCUAUGAUACGGGAAGUGUGAAGUUUCUUGAUUCUUCCAAUUUUCAGGCUCUACUGAAGCCAAUUGUUUCCCAGCUUGUCAUAGAACCUCCACUAUCUCUAGAGGAUCAUUCUGACAUUCCGUCUGUGGAGGAAGUUGAUGAAAUAUUGGUUGUUUGUAUUGGUCAAAUGGCUGUGACUGCAGGAAGUGAUCUUUUAUGGAAGCCCUUGAAUCAUGAGGUACUGAUGCAAACACGCAGUGACAUGGUUCGUGCGAGAAUUUUGGGCCUGAAAGUUAUUAAAUACCUUGUGGAGCAUCUAAGAGAAGAAUAUCUGGUAUUUGUUCCCGAAACAGUUCCCUUCUUUUCUGAGUUGCUCGAGGAUGUCGAACCAUCUGUUAAAUCUCUGGCCCAAGAAAUCUUCAACGAGUUGAGCAUUAUGACUGGUGAAAACCUCUCGCAGUAUAUCUGAAUCCGUAAUGUAUGGUGAAAACUUCUCAUCAUCACCUGCCCAUAUGGCCUAAUUUACAGAUAGAGAAGAUCUGGCGCAGCUGAGCGCGUGUAAUGUUGUAUUCCAUUCCUAGAGUUAGCAUACAAGUCUUAGUGAUAGGAUGCGAUGUCCCCAGUUUUGAUCUCAGUUCUUGCCUCGGUAAGAUUUAUAGUUGAUCAGUUGGCUCUCAAGUGUUUUCUUUCCGUCAUAGCUUCAUAGCAUUGUUUUCUCAUCUUGAACUGUAAAGGGAACUGGCCUUGUGAGCAAAAGCGAAGUAUGAAUCAAAAUUUCGGUACU